CACAGAUAAGGCAACGUUUCUGAAAUAGUACUCCUCAAAAUUCAAGAAAAAUUUAAUAAAAAAUAAAAACGAGAAUAAUAAAAAGGUGGGUAACGGAAGAGUCGAGAAGAGGGUAGAAAGAAGACGAUGGCAGGUCAAUUCACCGCCGCCGCUGCAGCCACAACAACCAACGUUUCUCUUCUCCGUCUCCCUUCUCUCUCGAAUAAAGAUUUGAUCCCGGAAAGACGAGUUACAUUCUACAAGAAAAGGAAUUUUGCCAUCAAAGCUCUUGCAGGCAGUUCUCUGGAAAGAUCAGCUACGCGACUCACACCUGUUCCAUCUUUACUAUCUACUGAUAACCGUGGUCAUCUCUUACUCGGUGUUCCUAUAUCUCGAAGAGGCAGUUCUAGCACCCGUCCACAAGCAUAUAUAUACCAUUGGUCUGGCUUUCGAAUCCCUGCAAAUGCUGAGAAGCCAGAAUGGUGGUGGAGGACUUUAUCCUGUAUACCCUAUCUAAUAGCAUUGCAGAUGUCUGCAACUGGGUAUUACAUAGAGCCUUUACUUGAUAAAUAUAAGUUCUUUGAAAAUCUGAUCUUUUAUAUCCCAGGAGCUGUCAAUCGAUUGCCAACCUGGUUCCCUAUAUUAUACUGCUAUUUGGCUAUUGUGCUAGUGGUAAAAAAUAGGGACUUUCCCGUUAUCUUCAGAUUCCAUGUAAUGGCGGGAAUGCUACUAGAAAUUGCUCUGCAGAUAAUAUGGGUUGCAAGCAAUUUCUUGCCGCUCAUACACUUCAAGGGAACGCUUGGGAUGUAUUACUGGGCUGGUGUGGCGUUGGCAUAUAUUCUUCUAACCAUGCAUUCCAUCAGGUGUGCUCUUCUUGGUACAUUUUCGAAUAUCCCUGUUAUUAGUGAAUCAGCUUUCCUUCAUUCUCUAUUUAGUUUAGGAGGGUUCCAGCGGCCGUUUUAGGAAGUAUUCAAAAACAUAUCUGUAAUCUAUGUGGUUUUUGCAGUGAAAGUAAGGAUUGUCUUUUAUUUGUAGACUGUAGUUGACAUUUUAUUCUAUUAUAUAAAGAGAUAAGAUUCCAAUAA